AACAAAAUCCACCUCACGCUUAACCCCAUUCUUCAUUUCCUCUCUCUGUCCACUUGUGUCCGUAAAAGUUUCUUCAUAAAACACACACUCCAAAUGGCUAGCAAACACAGAAAACUCUUCCCUGAUGAAACAGCAACCACAAACCAAACCCAAGAUUGCUACGGCUUUUGUGACCCAGCAUGCCCUUACAAUUGUUACAAUAACCCUGAUUACUUUUUCUCUCCUCCACCACCGCCACCACCUUCUAUUUCACAUUCAAGCCAAGUUAACCAUAUAUCUUCCUACUUUAUCAUUCUUGUUACACUAUUCACGGUCAUUUUUGUUGUGGUUGGUUUCUACGUGAUCAAGGUGAAGUGCUAUGCUACAUGGUGCGGCUGGCGAUUCAGCGGUUCCGUUCCCUCUUCAGACACCACCACUGAGGAGUUUCUCAAUGAGAACCAAGUUGACCACCCCGUGUGGCUCAUUGCCACUGUGGGGUUGCAACAAUCGAUCAUCAACUCCAUCACGGUUUGCAAGUACAAGAAGAAUGAAGGGUUGGUUGAAGGAACCGAGUGUUCGGUGUGUUUGAACGAGUUUCAAGAAGAGGAGACAUUACGACUCUUGCCAAAGUGCAACCAUGCUUUUCACGUUCCUUGUAUUGACACUUGGUUGAGAUCACACACAAAUUGCCCUCUUUGUCGUGCCGGUAUUGUUUCUAAUAGUGUCAAUUCUGAAGCACCAACACCCGUGUCGAAUUCGGAGCAAGAAAAUGCAAAUUUGGGGAGGAAUCAAGAUACCCUUUUGGACAAUUCACGGAUUAAUGAAGGUGGGUUAAGCAGCAACAUGGUUGCUGGGGAAUCAAGUGAAGCAAUAGAUGAAUCAAAUUCUAAGGAUCGGGUAAAUGAUGAAACUCAGAACAAUGGGGUUCUGAUGAAUAUUGAGAUUCAAACAGAGAUGGGGUCUGUUUCAACUACAGAAUGUGAAAGUCAUCGUGUUGUUGAUGAUCAUAAACAUGAUGAUGACACAAUGUUGCACACGGAUAAUCUAGGGAAGCAAGAUCAAGAUGGUGAUUACUACUACUCAAAAACGUGUAGAACAGUGCGUCGUUCCUCUAUUGAAGAGUGUUUGCAUUUAAGCCCAGUAUCUAUGAAAAGGUCAUUCUCCUCUUGCAAUGGAAGGACUCUGACUUCGAGAGAAUUUUGAGGGCACCCUAGGUUGGAGUUUGAACAUUGACAAUGGUAUAAACAGCAAAUUGUGAAAGAGAAAAGAGGUCAAUUUUAAUGAAGAAUAAAAUGUAAAAUUGUAAUUGAAGUUUUACCAAGUGCUCGGGCAUUGAAAAUAACUCUGGUGUAUCAUGUAUGCAAUUGUAUCACACAUCACAAUGCCCAGUGUUGCACUGCAGAACAGGUUUGCUCCCACAAAAGGGAAUAAGGUACAUUAAAUGCUCUAUUUUUUGCUUCUACAUUGGUGUAUUCUUAAAAUAUAUAUAUAUAUAUAUAUAUAUAUAUUUAUAUUGGAGGUUCAUAACUUGAAUGCGAGAUUUUCGAUUCUAUACUUUCAAUUAUUCUUCCCCCACAAUGAUAUUGUGGUCUGAUAAACUAUCAUGGUCCUCCAUAAGAAGCUGAAUAUGCUACAACACAACCAGCUCAAGCUGUAACUGAAGUGGGUCAAAACAAAUUUGUAUUGAUAAUGUUGUCCUUGAUCUGUGAUUUCUGUAUAUGUGCAGAUCAUAUGAACCAAUCAAAGUUUUAAAUAGUAACUGUGGUAGUGAGAAAUUAA